CACCGACUGUAUGCAAGUAAUCAUAGCAUUUGUGAAAUAUCAGUCAGUAUUAUUAAGAGGUUCUACCAAAGUUCGUCUGAUAGAUCCAUUUAUUGAUUGAGCCUAUUAACGUGAUCACAUAGUUUGAGAAGAUUAAAAAAAAUAAGAUAACCUUGAGAGGAAAUUUAGACGAAAUUAUAACGAAAAAUGGUUUUAGAAGAAUACAAAGAUAUUGUUGGAACAUGUGCUGCAAUUACGACAAUAGGACACAUGUUGUCAGGAACUUUUGUAUGCAAAGACAUUUACAAAAAGGGAACUUCGAAGGGUUUCGAUCCUAUGCCCUUCUUAGGUGGUAUAGGAAUGACAAUAUUAAUGCUGCGCUAUGCUUUGAUGCUUGGUGAUUCUGUCAUGGUUAAAGUUAAUGUUUUUGGAUUUGUAACAAACGUAAUAUAUAUGGCUGUGUAUUACUAUUAUUCUCCACAUACGAAAGAUACGCUUAUGUUAAUAAGCAAAGCAGUGGGUCUAAUAGCAAUGUUCCUAACGUACGCUCAAAUGGAGCAUCCCGACAAAGUAGAAUACAGAUUUGGUAUAAUCGUAACCAUUUUACUUUAUCUUUUAAUAGCGUCUCCUCUUAUACAUCUUGGAAAUAUUAUAAAGACUAAAGAUACGUCGAUUCUUCCAUUCCCGCUUAUUGUUAUGGGUACCGCAGUAUCGUUCCAAUGGUUGUUAUAUGGAAUUAUUAUAAAUAACAUUUUCGUGAUUUUUCAGAACUCUGUCGGUUUCCUUCUAUCGGUUGUUCAAUUGUCAUUGUUUGUUAUUUUUCCAUCUAAGCCAUCCAAAACUUUAGUGUCAGAGAAGAAAAAGGAUUAAAAAUAUUAGCAGAAUAGUUUUUUGAUUUACAUUACUAAUUGUAUUACAUUACUUAAUAGAAACAUAUAAUAUAGGUACACUGAAGCCAAUAAUUUUGAACAUGUAUUUUAAAUAUGUAAGUAUCUGUGAAAUGGAAAUUCACAAAUACAUUACACAAAUCAAGAUCCGGGUUUGUUAAUUACGCGUUACUUAACACGUGCAAUAGGAAAAAAUCUUUAAUAAUCGUUUGGUAACGUAGUUCUAUUUUAUUUUCAAAUCUUUGGUUGAUUUCAUUUUUAAAUUUGCAGUCAAAUGUUGAUAAAGUAGUUCCUCGUCAUUUUAAAUUGUAGCUAAGUGUCGGUAAAGUAGUUCCAUUCCAUUCUUAUGUUUUUCGUAGACAAUAAGUAGAAUUUUAAUAGAAAAUAAUAGAAUCAUGUAGUACUCGGAUAUGGAUUGUAUCAUUUUUAAAAUUAUACAUGGUACUAAUGAAUCACUGAUCGCAAAAAUAUUUUUUUACGUAAAAAAUACAAUAGCAAAUUUACACACAAUCGCGUUGGACUUCCGUAUAUAACAGACACAAAAUAUAAAUCUAUAUUAUAUAAUAAAUUGUGAAUAUUA